AGAAAGAGAGAGAGUAGGAAAUGGGUUCUGGUACUGGUAAUGAUUCGGGUGGAGGGAGAGGAUUUCGUAAUUGGAGUGUAUACGAUGGAAUGAAGAUCAUUCCACACACGCCCGAAGCUUUAAUGGCAGAAAUUGAUGCAGCCAUUGCUGCUUCUGAAUAUUCUCAUGCUUCUGCGCUCCUUCAAUCAACCUCUUCUACUUCAUCAUCAAAGAUAAAUUCAGAUAGUAAUGAAAUAAAGCAGGAUCAGUUUGAUGCUAGGAUGGCAGAUGAAGCUUAUAAAGCUGGUUGUGCAGCUUUAGCAUCUGGGAAACUUGAUGAAGCUCUUCAAUCUUUGCAGAUUGCUCUUUCUAAAUGUCCACCUCAUAAAGCCUCUGCAAUUUCUAAGCUUCAAUCUCUUAUCAAGUUAACAUCUCAACAACAAAUUCAGAAACCCCAUGGAUGAUUUCCAUUUGUAAACAGGUUAUGACAUUUUUCUUUGCUACAAAAGCUUCAGAAGUAAGGCCAAUGGGUUGCAAGAUCUAGUCACAAGCUUGCCCGGUUACAACUACAAGAGCAGGGCUGUAACUCAUCUGAUCAUUAUAUGCCUGUACACUGAACUCAUGAAACCACCUAAGUCAUAGCUCUCGCUUAAAUUUGAUGCAUGUCGCAGUACACUGUGUUACAUUUGGGCUGCUAUUACGUUCAUUCCCUCACCAGUCCAGCUGGACUGUCUUGUUAUUGUUGUAAUGCAGACAUUAACAUGUAUAGUACAACCUUGAUUGGAGUAAACAUCUUAAUUUCUGUC